GUAACUACCGCCCCGGGCCGUCGGCUGGCCUGGCUGCCGACAGGACCCCGGCCCCCUGGCGCCUUGGCUACGAUGCUUAUGCCGGCCUAGUCUGCGCAUCGCCAUUUCCACAACCACAUAGUCUCCGCCAACAUGAUGCGUUGGAAGGAACACGGUCUCAAUCUACCGGACGUGUUUCCACACUCCGUCGGGUACGUACAAAGUAGCUAACUGAGACUUGCAUGGGAAAGCCCCAGCCACGGCCAGCACUGAUCGUCACGAACAUGAAUAUUGAGCAGGUUCUCUGUCAGACGAAGGCAAUCAGUCCUGAUGAGACGCGUAUAAAUACCCAUCAGUCACCCAACUCUAGCCGACGCUUUUGAUCAACUUAGAUUCACAAGCACAUCUCCCUUCACUCGCCUUCCUUCUCCCGCAACAAGAACACCAGACAACCAAACCUCCAGCCACCCCUACUCAGCGACUCCAUCUAAGCAACAUGCGUUUCACAGCUCUCCUCGUCGCUGGCAUGGCCACCAUUGCCUCUUGCAUUCCUGCACAGCAGGUCGCCGACAACAUUGGGCAGAUCACGGCACUGUCCCGUGACCUCCAGACUCCUGCCAAGUCGCUCUCUAUCCUGGAUGGACCCCUUCUCCUCACUGGCCAAGGCAACUUCCCACCUGUCAUUCAAGGCUUCACCGAAAUCGUGAACGUUGGCACUGGUUUCUUGAACGGCAUGAACCCGGAAGAGUACAGCCCUGCGGAUUCCGACAUUAUUUUUGAAUCCUUCCGAACUUUCGUCAAGGUCCACCAGGAGCUGCUCAACAUCCUUAUUGGAAAGUCUGGUCUCUUUAGCACGGUUCCCUUUAUCGGCCAACCCGUCGCGGCAGUCCUUCGUGCUGUCGAGGGCGUUGUCGAUUCUCUUGCUUUCUCCCUCAUCGACAUGGCUGAGUCUGCCGCCCAACGCCUGCAAGAAGAGACCGACUCUCUCGAUGGCUCACUGAAGACUGCUAUCGACUCUUACUCUGGCCUUCAGUUGUCCUAGGCUAAGUGUCAGCGACUCGUUGACUCUGUAUCUUUGGCGCGAUCUAGUGGAUGAUAUGGAGAGUCCCUUGAGAGUGGCGGAUGGAAUGAGAAAGGCGGGAGGAGAUGAGUUGAGGUGUAGUUCAAAAACGGUUCUUUGCAUAGGACAGGCCUACUUGAUAGUCUGAACAUGACUUGCUAUUAUAGCUGAACUGGUUAUUCAGAGCGUAUACUAAUAACACUAUGUUGCUUUAUUUUAUACCGUUGUAAACGAUAGUUACUCAAGAUAGGUAUGUUUAUUCCAGCGACGUUUGCUUCUGUUUCAGAGGGAUCAUAUUCCCCUUUAGAAGGCAUUAUAUCUAUAGAUAAGGGUGCUUAAUACGGCUAAUAUAUGUUUUUGCCCUUUAUUUACGGUUUUAUGAGUAGACGUGCACCGAACUCUAAUAAGUCCGGUGGUUUUUAAGUUCACGACGGGAAAAGGCAAAGCUCUAUCACUAUACCUAAUAUAUAUACACGCAAAG